AUGGCUACUCAGUUAUCUAGUUUAUUGAUUGGUCGUGUCCUAUCAAAAAACAAUCCAUCAACAGCCAUUGUACGUGUAUUACAAAUGAAAUUAGAUGAUAAUUUUAACAUGUUUUUCAAUCAACGUAUUGAUUAUAAAACAUUUGAUAAAAAUACUCAAACAAAAGUUGGUGAUAUUGUACUUCUAAAACAGAGGCCAAAACAUGAAUGUCGUUAUCCAUUAGAACGUUAUGAAAUAAGUGAAGUUGUCUAUGACUUAGGACAUAUUAAAGAUCCAUUGACUGGUAGACGCUGUAAUGGUCUACGUUUUCUUGAUGAACCAUCAAUUAUUAAUGAUAAACUAAAUCAGUUUCAACGUGUUCAAGAACCAUUAAAAAUUACUAAUGAUUUUCUCAAUGCAAUAUUGAAUGAAUUACAACCAUUUGAAAAUUUCCUACUUAAACAUAAGCUUUUUUUAACCUAUCAUUUGUGUGAUGAAUUACGUAUUGAUGGUUUCGAAGAAGCAAAUAAGUGUAUCUAUGGUGUUUCAUUUAAACUCAUAAAAACUGAAAAUGGUGAAACAACAUCUCAACGUCUUUACACAAAACACGCUCAAAUUCAACAAGAAUCGUCAGCAGCUGUUUUUGAUUACAUUUCAGAAAUUUUGUACAAUGUUACAUUGGUUGAAACGUCGAAUGAACUUAGUGAUUCGCUUCGAGAUAUUCAUAAAGUUGUUAUCAAUACGGCAUUUUUCACUCCAACAAUUCAUCUCAAUAUGAGUAAGAUUAUUCUCAAUUAUGGCGAAUGGUUUUAUUUUAUUUAUCAAAAUAGUUCUCUAGAUAUCAGUAGAAUUUCUUGUACCAUUCGUGUAUAUGUGACUAUUACAGCAAAUGAUUAUACUUGUUCAACAUACGACAAUAUUCGAUUGACAUUAGAAUAUUUAUUGGCAAAGAAUCCAAUGAGUUCUAUCAGUUCAUUAAUGCAUUUAACAUACGUUAAUAUUUAUCCACGAAUUACAAAAACAUUUUUUUAUGUUCAUGAUUCCACACCACUUGUUGACAGUCUCAAUGUGAUUUGGAAUUAUACCGAUACAAUAGUUAUUUCAGUUGAUAUUAACGAUUUGAAUGAGAACGAUAGACAGAAUCGUCUUGUUCAAGGUUUUUAUCCAUUUUAUUUAUUUUGGUCUCCAGAAAUCAAUCAAUUUCAACGUCUGGGUGAUCAAUUGUCAGUUGAACUUGUCCAAACAUUAAUUAAUAAUAACGAAGAAAAACGAAUAAAUCAAUAUAGUUUUUCUGACGAUAAACAUAGUCAAAUUGAUGAGAAUGAUGUUCUCUUGGAUAAUGUUAUAAUCAUCCAAAAUACAGAACAAUAUCAAAAUAUCUUGACACAAAAUAUCAACAAUCGUUUUGUUAUUCUCUAUACCGUUCGAUGGGAUUCAACAUCAAAACUUGCAAAAAAAACAUUUCACUAUUUAUCAAUGUUACUUAAAUGGACCCAAUUAGUAUUCAUUGAAAUUGAUUGCUUUGAUUUAACAGAUUUAUGUGAAGAAAACGACAUAUUUUUUUGGCCACAAAUUCAUCUGUAUGAUAAAUAUCAAAUAUACAAUGGAAAGUAUCAUGGUAGUACAGAUGAGAAUGAAAUGGCAUCAAGUUUAUUAAGGCAUGCUGUUGAUCAGCCCUAUGAAAUAUGUUUAAAUAAUAGUAGCAGUAGACGAGAUGCGAUCGACAAAUUAUUAUCGGUGCAAAAUGUGUACGUUAUUGGUUAUUUUGAAACUGAAACUAAUGAUGAAUGGUUUAGUUAUCAAAAAAUAGCUGAACAAUUUAGAAAUGAGAAUAUUUUCUUUAUGACAUGCAUUUCUAAUAUUUCGGAUAUGACGAGUACAUUAUGUAAAAAGUUACCGUGCUUAACUAUUACACAAAAUAUUGAUCUAUUAUCACCUGAUAAAACAAGUGUGUAUUAUUUUGAUGAUCAAAUAUCAUUGAAAAAUGCAUUUCGUUUAAAUUUGGUACCAUUUGUACCAUCAACUUUCAUGAAAAAAUUCUCAUCUACAUCAACAGUAACAUUUGUGGCAGCUAGUAAACGUCAUUUGACAAGUAUAUCAACGUUCUCAAAAGCGAUUGAAGAAUUUUUCUUACAUGAUGAUAUUGAUGAACAAACUAUCAGACCAUUUUUGUGGAUAGAUAUUAAUUCACCAUGGAUUUUAACUAUCAAUCAGUAUGGUGAUCAUAUUUAUCCUGCUUUGAUACACAUUACAUUUAUCAAUCAUAGUGUUUAUCUUCUUGAAAAUCCUAGCCAUUCAUUAGAUAUUUUACAAUGGUUAAAAUCGAUAAAAUCGGGCACAAUUUUACCAACGUAUAUACUACCAAUAAUUCCAUCUUCAUUAUCACAAGACGUAAUGGAUUUUCUCAAACAAAUGAAAGAUGAUGAAGAUUUCCUAAAUUCAUAUCCUACGGUAGAGGAAUACAGUCAUACACUUAAUGAACAUGGUUUAGCAAUACAAAAGAAAGUAAUGGACCAAUUAGCGUUCGAUUUAAAUGCAGCAUUAAAUGAAACUUGUCCAAAAACAAAUACGACACCAGUCAAAUCAAAACGACGAAAAAAGCGUGUACCACCAACUAAUAAUUCAAGCACUGUGAAUAUUGCAUGCCAUUCCGAUGCGUCAGAUAGUACAACGCAAGAAAACUUAACAUUGAGAAUGACUUGUCGUAGUGAGGGAGAAGAUUCUGAAGUACUAUCAAAAGUUGGAUCAACUUUAUUGGCUUCUGAAUCCGAUUCAACGCCCAGAAUCGACACAUCAACGAGACGUCGCCGUCGUCGACCAUUUAAAAAACCGAGUCCUCCAAUAAUGAUAGCAACUUCGGCCAAUGUAACGAUGACUACGUCGGAUCAAUUGAUGAAAAAUCGUACUAGUGGACAUGGAAAAAUGUCAUCAUCAACCGUUACAACAGCAUCUGGAAGUGGGUACAAUGGCAAUAGCACUUCCUAUCCAAGACGACGUCGACGGCAUUGUAUUAGUGAAGGAAGCGGGAAUAAUAACGAUAUGUACGUUAGUGUCAAUACACCACGUUCAUCAUCCUCGUCAUUUUCAAUAACAACAAUUGGAAAAAGAAAACGUUCAGCUCGCGCAUCAUCUCGUUUUGUCCAUAAUUCUCACGAGGAUCUUCAUCGGCCAUUGAAUACUUCAAUAAACGAGUGUGAACUAACACUAAUGGAUGAUAAUAAUCGAACUCAAAUGAGUAGCAGUAGCAGUUUGAAUUUAAGUGAUACUGACCCUUCUCCAACAAGCAAUGAAGCUGAUGAUGAACAAUCUGAUUUUCCACGCGAUGAAAGUGUUCCCAAUGUUGUAAAAUGGUGGGAAGAGAAUAAUAAUGACUUUGAUGAGGACGAAAUGUUACCAACAAUAGAUGUAAAUCUGGAAAAAUUGGUAAAUGGAGCAUUUACAGUCAUGUUGCAAUCGUCAAAAACAUCAUUUCAAAAUCGUCUUAAAUCAUACAUUACUAGCAGAGAAAUUCUGACGGGAAAUCGACGUACGAUACCAGACGAUAUCAAAAAAAAUAUCUCAACUCAUAUGAGAAGACAAGCGAGACCGUUAAGAGAUUACAAACGAUCACAUCACAGCAGUUAUAAUCAUAAAAGAAGGAAGUAUGGUGAAACUAAUGCAAAUAAAACUGAUGAAGCUCGUAUUAUGCCGGCAACGCCAAUUUCUUCAAAUAAUAUUGGUCAUCAAUUACUCCAAAAAUUUGGAUGGCAACCCGGGUUUGGUUUAGGUAAGGUAUCUUCUGGCAUCGUAAAUCCCGUACAAGUGAUUUAUCGUAAUCAUCGUGGUGGACUUGGAUAUGAAACGGAAUCAUUAAAAGCUGAUUGUGAAACUAAAGACGAUAGUUUUAAUGAAAAAAUGGAUAGCGAAAAUGCUCAGUGA